CCGGAAAUCUACCGGAGAUCAACCCAAGACAUCAUAUCGUCCCGAGUGUGGUAAAUAUUCUAGAACUCCUACUACUCACAAAGAGUGGUUUUUGUGAAAGAAGUAUCCACAAACAGCACAAUGGCAUCAUGUCGAGCGCUCGGCACAGUGGCAUCGUCCGCAAGGAUGCUAAGGCCAACCAGAAUAACCCCGAGGGUUCCAAUCACAUCCGCAUAUAGAUGUCUUCACCAAACCGGAAGACUACCAUCGAUGGGGGCGACAAAUUCAGCGAGGAGACCAACUCUACAGCCAUUGCACCAGCCAUCAACUAUACUACGCCCAGCAGCUGCGGCUGGCGGUAGUCGAACUAUAUUUAUUCAGACGGAGAAUACACCAAACCCGGAUGCUCUCAAGUUCCUCCCCAACCAGCGAGUUCUACCCGAGGGCCUCUCGACGCCUUUCAUUGAAUAUAUGUCGCCACGCUCAACUCUGGCGCCUCCACAUCCCUCUCCGCUGGCAGCAAACUUGAUGAACAUAGACGGGAUCACAUCUGUGUUCUAUGGAGUGGAUUUCAUUACGGUCACGAAGGCCGCCGAUGCCAACUGGGCGCAUAUCAAGCCUGAAGUUUUCAGCCUCAUCACCGAAGCCGUUACUUCCGGACAGCAGAUGGUGAACAUUACGGAGCAUAAGCCAGGAGAGCAACAUCAUGAGGGCGCGGAGGAAGACAGUCUUGCAUAUAACGAGAAUGAUAGUGAGGUUGUUGGAAUGAUCAAGGAGCUUCUGGAAACACGGAUUAGACCCGCGAUCCAAGAGGACGGUGGAGAUAUCGACUUCAAGGGGUUCGAAGGAGGCAAUGUACUGCUCAAGCUCAGAGGUGCCUGCCGUACAUGCGAUUCGAGCACGGUCACAUUGAAGAAUGGUAUUGAGGGAAUGCUGAUGCAUUAUAUCGAGGAAGUAAAGGGCGUUGUUCAAGUUCUAGAUCAGGAGGAGGAAGUGGCUCUGGCCGAGUUUGCAAAGUUUGAGGAGAAGCUGAAACAGCAAAAGGGAAGCGUGCCGGCGUCAACAGAAGGCAAGGACAGCCUGGACAGUGUGCCGGGAUGAAGCAUCACGUACACUGUAGACUGUAUAGUAUCGUGAAGAAUUGGAUGUAUACUAGAACAAAACCGCAGGGAUGGGACAUGCGUGUAUAUACCCAAAUGAAGCAUUGUGCAGACAUAAUUGGCCAGGGUGCCACUUCCCCGCUUUCUCGGUGUGCAGGGCCCAUCUCGAUCGAAAGCCGAAGGUUUAUUGUAAGGGGUGAUCCAUUGACGUAGUGGUGGUGUAGGUUGGCGGGAGAGGGAGUAGAAAGGUGGAGGAGAAGAAUGCCAGCAGUACCGGAAGUUAAACACAGCCACGGAACAGUAGAUGCUGUGGAAGGAUAGGUUAUAUCAAAGAGUCACGAGGGGUGGGUUGAACAGCGGUAGUAAGUUUUUGGUGUACCGUGAAAUAAACGCCAACCGUGAACCGUCAACCUGUCAACAUCAGCCAGUGCUACACAGACUCACAGACCUGCGCUUUGUCGAGCUCUUUCUCCUGGUUUCCGAUCCGUGGCCACCACCAGAGCAACACCCCACCACACCUGAUCGAAAUAUGAACGGAAUUAGCCAGAUGCAGUAGAGAAGAUGGGAUGGCAUUGACGACAGAUGGAGCGUGAUGUCAUAUAGAGAUCGAUAGCUUAGACCUUGGAGGCUCAGUUCCCGUGUAUUGUGAACUUUGGAGAGAUAAUUGCUAGGGGGACCAAGCAGUACAGAAACGACAGGUGGCCUAGAAAGGCAGUACUCCGUGGAGGGGG